AAGGGGAAGUGCUGGCUUGCGGAGGUGCCACUUGGCGUCUGAGGCAGCGCUGGCCGGGUGGAGGCAUCGAUUUCGGGACUCCUUGUGCCUUCUCCUCGCUUUACGCCAUCCCCCAUCCCCUUUAGGCCGUCUCCCUGCCCGCUGUAGCCCCGUCUCCCCUCGGGGCCGGUAGGUGCAGCGGAAGGUCUCGCUGCCUCAGGUGAGGGCCGGGCCUACCCGUCCCGGGGAUCCCCGGCAGCGGUGUUGGGCGGCCCAGGCGGCAUUGCGGCUGCCGUACGCCCGGCCCGGAGGGGCUUCUGCCGGGGUCCGAGCCGAACGGAGCCGUCGGGCAAGAGAGCCAUGGCUGGCAGCCCUUCUUGGGAGCUCGGUGUCUGCACGGGUUAAGGCGUUCGGACGAGGUGGAAAAGUUGCUCUCCAAUUUCACUUUAAGGGACCGGACAGAACGCAGCGAAAUGGAUGACUUCCGCUCCAUCUGCCUGCUCUCUCUGGCCAUGCUGGUGGCCUGCUAUGUGGCAGGAAUUAUCCCUUUGGCAGUUAAUUUUUCCGAGGAAAGAUUAAAGUUGGUGACUGUUCUGGGUGCUGGGCUGCUCUGUGGAACUGCCUUGGCUGUCAUUGUGCCAGAAGGAGUACAUGCACUUUAUGAAGACAUUUUGGAAGGGAAGCAUCACCCGGCGAGUGAGAUGCAGCAUGUGAUGGAGUCUGAGAAGGUGGCAGAAAUCCCGGUUGCACAUGAGUAUGGCCAUGACCAUUCCAGGUUACAUGCCUACAUUGGUGUAUCCCUUGUCCUUGGCUUUGUCUUCAUGCUGUUGGUGGAUCAGAUAGGCAGCUCUCAUGUGCACUCCACAGAUGAUCCAGAAGCUGCAAGAUCUGGCAACUCCAAAAUCACAACAACACUGGGACUAGUAGUCCAUGCUGCAGCUGAUGGUGUUGCAUUGGGUGCAGCAGCUUCAACUUCUCAAACUAGUGUCCAGUUGAUAGUGUUUGUUGCAAUUAUGUUGCACAAGGCACCAGCUGCCUUUGGCCUGGUUUCCUUCCUGAUGCACGCUGGGCUGGAACGGAAUCGAAUUAGAAAACACUUGCUGGUCUUUGCAUUAGCAGCACCUGUUAUGUCAAUGGUGACAUACUUAGGGCUAAGCAAGAGCAGCAAAGAAGCCCUUUCAGAAGUUAAUGCCACCGGAGUUGCUAUGCUGUUUUCUGCUGGGACUUUUCUUUAUGUUGCCACAGUUCAUGUCCUCCCAGAAGUAGGAGGAAUUGCUCAUAGCCACAAAUCUGAAUCAAAUGGAGGAAAAGGACUCAGUCGUCUGGAGGUGGCAGCCCUAGUAAUAGGAUGCCUUAUUCCUCUAGUUUUGUCCAUUGGACACCAUCACUAAAUGCUCGAAUUUCACCGUUCGCCUCGAUCUGACAUGAGCAGUAACUGUUGGCUGCUCCCUUUAUCAUUGUCUCUUACUCAUCAUCCAUCCCAUCCACUUCAUGGAGUUCAGAGGGAACGUUGAUUGCAAAAUGAGGAAUACUGGGAAAGCUUUUAGUGUAGCAAAAUGUACUUUGGUAGCCGGACGUAAUUCUGUGUAACUUUCUUUUCUGAAGACAUUUGCUAUUUUAAUUGUUACUUCUGGCCCUAUUCUCAGGGAAGAUGGAAUUUGGAGUUUAAGAAAAGUGAGCAGGGAAGAACAUAGCGACUCAUCAUGAAAUUUCUAUCACCAAAAUAUCCUGCAAUUCAGCUUUCACAGCUGAGAGCAAAAACAAAGGAUGGCUGCUGUGUGAGAGGUUGAAGUCUUACUAAUGAAGAACGGGGUUUCCCCUCAUCGGUUUUGUAUUGUCCUGACAAUGCAACUGGUCCUUGUGAUGUUUGUCACUAAUUGUAUGGCAAAAGUGGGCUGUAGUCAGAACUCUGGACAACACUGCAAUUGUCACAGAAGUGUCACUGAUAGGAAAGAGUUGAUAUAAUCAAAGUGUAGGAUUAGAGUAGGGAAUCAGCUGGUUAAGAAAGUGCAAACAAAUUUUGCGGUGGAUUCCAGUAAGACAAAGAAUAGAAGCAAGGAGAGUAGUGUUUUGAUUGUUUAUACAACUGUUAAUAAACUUUUAAAAGGCACUAUUUCUUGGGAGAUGGUCUUCUGCCAAGUCCGGAAAGCAAAGGCACCAAAAACAUUAGUAGGAAUUAAGUAUUGGGUGCUGUGAUUACACUACUGCUACUGUUAAGAGAGAUACCCAUAGUGUCCAUUGAAACUGAGCUGCUCUGGGCUCUGAAGAGUAGAAAUCUGAUGGAGACAGCUGUUGAGGGACCAGAGAACUUUAUUAGCUCAUUUUCAGAAGUCUGAACUGCUGAAAUCAGUGAGGGUGCAGGGGUUUAAAUAACAGUCAUUAAAUAAAAGGUGUUAAGGCUAACAAAAUAAGAUGUUUAACUAAAUAUUUGUUACAUAUAGAGUACAAAGUGUAACUAAAGCAGUUCUGAACAAAAACCCCACAAACAAAAUACCCAAAUUGGUGGGUCCCCAGUGGAACGGUUAGGCAUUUUGUUUUUCUUUGGGAACUCUGCAUUUGCCUCUUACUCUGGUAAGCAUUGCUUUUGGUGAAUCUACUGGAGGACUUACUGCUAACUGCUGAUGUCUCUCAUUGCAGAAGAGUGAUAGAAGAUCCCUCCUUUCCAAGGCACAGCCUUCUCUUGUCAGACACCAUUUCUCUUAUGCAAAAUAUAUUAUACUCUAAUAACUGAGGUGCAUUGAAAAGUCAUGAAAGCUUGACAUGAACACACUCAAUAUAAAAUCAUUUCUUUAGGGGAAAACUUUUUAAUGCUAUACCCUUUUUAAGCUGUAAUGUCUGCACUUUUUAAAGGUAACAUUGCCAAAUAUUUUUUUUUGUUUGUUUCAAAUGGAUUUUUCAAGGCUUGAAAUAUCUUCUUAACUGAAGUGCUUCUUGUUUCCAUCUGAAUGAGUGUGUCUGUUUCUCAUGCUGUUUAUUGUGUGUACUACACAGGCCAUUGUGCCACUUGAACUUCUUUACAUUUUUGUCAUUGUCCUCUUUGUCUAGUAAUUCAGUAAUGGUUAUGGCCUGGUUCUUGGACUAGUGAUUACUUUGUCUGAUGGCUUUGUAACAAUACAGGUGUAUCCCAGGAUUGAACCUAGUAUUGAUCUCUGGGAGUGCUUGUUCAUUUGUGUAGUUUACUAUAUAAAAUCAAUGCAAAAUUCUUAGAAAUCAUUUUUUCCCACGAGACAGUAUUUUCAGAUAGAAUUAGUGUAUCAGGCCUAAACAGGCAUUUUUGACAUUAGACCUUCAAAAGUUCUGAAAAGCCACUGCAAAAUCAGUGGCAUAGAUGAGAUCCUCUCCUGCACUUUAUUUUACAGCAUACAUAUGUGACUUCUAAGUUACCUGUUUAAAAAGGUCAGUGAUACAGGUUAUUGAAACAUGCGAAUGAUGCACAGUGAUGUUUUCACCAGAGCUCCCAGUGUUCUUCCUUAUUUCCCCCUAAAUACCUUCUUCCUUGAUAAUCUCAGUGUUUUACCUUGCUUAAUCAUCCCCCGUAACUGUUUCCAGGAGCUGGAGAGUUUGCAAGAUCUGCAGCAGAAGCAGGAGAUAGCAUAGUGCAGCACCAGAUGCUUAUGUUUUGUAAAACAGUAAGCUUUUUUUCUUUAAAUUAUCAUCUGUCACUUGCACUUCCACCCUACUAGUUAAAUGGCAUCCUGACUGGGUUCCACUUCUGCCUCAUUCUAUGUAUAACAAUAGCAACAGUUUCAGGAGGUAUAUAGGUAAGGUCUCAUUUUAUGCCUUUUUGCUCCAGUGUUGGAGAAUGUCGAUAGUACCUUCUUACAAGCAUCAGUGUGCACUGAUGAGGAUGUGGCAGCCAGCCUUUUCACUCUGAUGUAACUUCUGGAGUAUUAAUCAUCGGAGGUGCUGCUGCUGAGAGGUCUUCUUGUCUUUCUUUUCACCUGGCCCCCAGAUCCUAUUCCCAAUUUGUGGGGCAGCCACCAGAAGGGGUAAUAUUCAGUUUAAUGAUUCAUGAACUAGAGAGGCUGAGUUACAGCAGAGGUGAGAGAUUUUAAAUUAAAACAUUGGCACUUUAAAAUUGGCACAAAAAUUCUGAUAAUGCGUACUUUUCAUUUUGGAACUUUGUUAAGUGGUAGAAGACUUCUAUUUUUUCCUACCCAUUUAGAAGCAGCAAUAGCAUUUUCUUUUGGCUGCCUCUGUUAUCCCUGUGUUGAACUACUAUUUUCAAUUCUGUAGCUGAAACUGCAGUGACUAAGGAAGCUUUUGGUUAUGUGAUAAGGAGAACGUAAAAUUUUAAAUGAUCAAAGUAUUCCAAAUUGCUAGUUCCACAUAGAGGAUUAUUUUCUUGAAGCAGAGUAUUUUAAGGAGUUAAAUAAAAUGGUCCAUUUUAUCAUAGCUAUGUUUUUACUUUUUUCACCAUCUGUCACAGUAAAUCCAGGCGCUACAUGUAGUCAGUGCCAUCUGGUAUCAUUUUCUACUCAGGGGACCUUGGUCCAAACAAAUUCCUCUUACUCUCUGUAAUAACCAUCUUUGCCCAUGUUCUCUGCUGUGAGGUAGGUGGCAGCAAGUCUAGCACUUUAACAAAGUGCAUUUCCUUCUGUAAAUUCCUCUAGGAAAUCAGCUGUAUUUUCUGUUAAUGAUUCUUAUUUGAUGAUAGGAAUUAGAUUAAAGCUCUUUGUUGGUCCUGUUGUGUUCAGCUACUUUCCUUACUGUUCUAAUUCUUCUAUUGCUCCUUACAUAAAGAAGGGAAAUAUACUCUUUCAGCAUCUGAUGAUAGAUGCAGAAGCUGCACUAACAUUAACUUCAGUGAGGGUGGCAGAGCUGUCACACCAGGAUAGGAAUUCUUCAUAGUUGUGGCAUGUCAAAUGACUGGGUGUUAAACAGAGAACCCACUGUUGACUUCAAAUAUCUGUUUCCAGGUGGACUGUGUAAAAGGCUAAUGCUAUCCAAGAGACCCGGGAAAACUGCAGUGUUUUUCAGGAACUAGUUCAGAGCCUUCAAGGAGCUUUUGACGGUAGCAGGUGUACCCUUGUGAUAUCAGCUGUAUGCAGAAUGAGAGAGAUGCUGUGGAAUAAAUGGUGCUGCUGUUCCCGCUCCCAUCCCGUUCUGUGCUGGGACUUGGGAAGAAGAGGAAGGAAAUGUAUUUAUAUUCUUUCGGGGGUGGUGGGGGAAGGAAUGGUUGCUGUAUGGUGGGGAAGUAUAUGCUGAAUUUCAGAUUCCUGUUCACCUCUUUUAAAAAUAAAGUAUUUCUUUUUUCUUACUGUCCUUUUAUUACAUCCCUUAACGGCCCUGGCUUUCUAGGGGAAAACAUUGCUUGGUCAUAGCUGUUUACCUGACUCCAUGUAUGGAACUGUGAUUUUAAUAUCUCUUUUUCAGAACCAUUUGUACACAAAAUCAUUCCAUGAAUGGCUGCCUUAUGAUUUUUCCACUUUAAUUGUGAACGGUUAAAAUAAUGUUGCCAUUUUCAAUUUGUUUUAUUAUAUUAAAUUUUUACUAGGUGCAGUG